AUGAUGGCAGAGGAAAACGUUCAAGGCAAUGACAAGAUGAUCGAGAAAGAGGAGGAGCUAGACUGUAACAAGGGGAAGCAGCAUCGACGAGGAGGCAUCAAAACUUUACCUUUCAUCCUUGCAAAUGAAUGGUGUGAUAAAUUUGCGAGUGCUGGUUUUCAUGCGAACAUGAUAAGCUAUCUUACUCAACAGCUGCAUAUGCCAAUGGUAUCUGCCUCCAACACUCUCAACAACUUCAGUGGAACAUCUAGCUUCACUCCUCUUCUUGGUGCUUUCUUAGCUGAUUCCUACAUUGGCAGAUUUUGGACCAUUCUUAUCUCCACUCUCGUCUAUCAACUGGGAUUGGUUAUUAUAACAACAUCAGCUAUAUCACCUCAUUUCCACCCUCCACCAUGUCCAACACAAGUGAAUUGUCAAGAAGCCACGUCCUUACAUCUGUGGAUACUCUACAUCUCUUUGUUCUUCAUAUCUGUUGGAACAGGUGGAAUUAGAUCUUGUGUUGUGCCUUUUUCAGCAGACCAAUUUGACAUGACCAAAAAGGGUGUUGCAAGUAGAAAGUGGAACCUCUUCAAUUGGUACUUCUUCUGCAUGGGAGGGGCUUCUCUAAGUGCUUUGACCUUUGUGGUCUAUGUUCAAGACAAUUUGGGAUGGGGCUGGGGCCUUGGCAUUCCAACCAUUGCCAUGUUGAUAUCAAUAUUUGCCUUUGUGUUGGGUGCACCACUCUAUAAGAAUGUGAAGCCAGAAGGGAACCCUUUGGUUCGUUUAGCCCAAGUGAUUGUGGCAGCUGUGAAGAAGAGGAAUGAGGCUUUGCCACAGGAUCACAGUCUCUUAUAUCAAAAUAAGGAGCUUGAUGAUGCUAUUUCUUUGGAAGGAAAGCUUUUACACUCAGACCAAUUAAGAUGCCUGGACAAGGCUGCAAUUGUAUCAGAGGAAGAAGCCAGAGAUCCAAAUGCACAACCAAACUUAUGGAACAUAGCCACUGUCCACAGAGUUGAGGAGUUAAAAUGUCUCAUUAGAAUGCUUCCUAUUUGGGCAUCAGGAAUUUUGCUCAAAACAGCAACUUCACACCAGCAAACCUUUGUCAUUCUACAGGCUCGUACAAUGGACCGCCAUCUCUCUAACUCAUUCCAAAUCCCCCCUGCAAGCAUGGCCAUCUUCAAUGUCCUUACCAUGAUGGCAGGUGUUGUUGUCUACGAACGCGCUUUCGUUCCUUUUGCUCGAAGGUUCACCAGGAACCCUACUGGAAUCACAUGCCUGCAGAGAAUGGGAAUUGGCUUUGUGUUCAACAUUGCAGCCACAAUGGUUUUAGCUCUGGUUGAAAUCAAAAGAAAAGCAGUUGCUGCUAAAUACCAUUUACUAGAUGAUCCAAAUGCUACUAUCCCCAUUAGUGUGUUUUGGUUGGUACCUCAGUAUUGUCUACAUGGGGUGUCUGAAGUUUUCUUCUUUGUUGGACAUUUGGAAUUUCUCUAUGAUCAAUCACCUGAAACUAUGAGAAGCAGUGCUACAGCUUUGUAUAGCAUAGCUACAGCCAUUGGCCACUAUGCUGGUAGUGUUCUUGUAACACUGAUCCAUAACUAUAGUGGUAAGGAAAGGAAUUGGUUGCCUAAUAGGAACCUCAACAGGGGAAGGCUUGAGUACUAUUACUUUCUUGUUAGUGGGAUUCAAGUUGUGAAUCUCAUUUAUUAUGUGAUCUGUGCUUGGUUUUACACUUACAAGGCAUUGGAUGAAAUUAGUGAACCAAACAUGGAAGUGGAGUUGGAACAGGCUGAUGAAGAAAGCUCAUUUAUCAAUUUAGAAAAUAGUAGGAAGACAGAAAAAAGAGAAUUUACAAAGGAUGAUUGAAUGUACGUUCUAUUUGAUAGCAGUAUUGUAAUUUGAUGAUUUAUGCUCAAUACCUAAUCAAAUUUAAGGACACGUGAGAGGAUUUCUUCUUG